AUGUCAGUAUCUGUUCCAGAAUAUAUUGACGCUUUCGACGCACGGUUAUAUUUUGUUACUUCUCUCAAGAAACUUAAUGUAAGUCAGCAAUCGAUCCUUAAGUGUAGAAGUUUUGCACUUAGAUACACAGAUUGGUACGAAGACUUAUACCGCUGUAUUAUUGAAGUAAUGGAAGGUGGUAAUAUCUGGUCACGAAUGUACCUUCUUUACUUCUUAGAUAGUCUCAUUGAAAGGUCCGAGUUUGUAAAUUUCAAAGGAUAUACUGAAUUUAUUCUCGAAGAUCUUGAGAAAAUUGUUGGUUUAGUCUGCGAAAAGCCUGAAGGGUCUGUUAAUUUAGUAAAUACAUUGAAGACACUGGAAAGAUGGCAGACAAAAAACUUUUUUAAUAGUGACGUCCUAGAAAAGGUUAAAGUUCUAUUACUAACGUGGAAGCUAGAACCAGAAUACCCACCUGAUCUAAAUCUUACUGCGAAUGACAUAAAACAGAGAAUGGAGGAUGAUAGGGAGAGAGCUAAGCUCCUCAGAGAAGAUAGUUGGUGGAUUGACAAAAGCAUAGAGCAUGGAGAAGCCCUAGAUUUAUGGGAUAAGACAUCAGAUCUUGAUGACGGCGAUUAUAUGGACAUUAUAACAGAAAAUAUUAAACAAGAUCCUAUUUAUGACUGGAAGAGCUUGUAUGAGGAAGUAAAGGCCUGGAAUAAUGAACUGGCUAAAUUUGAACAGGUGGAAACGAAUUGCGAUAUCGAAACUGUAUUGCGGCCCAUGAAGAAAACAACUUUUAGUAAGAUCCCAAGACCCACCCAAGCGGGUUGGACAAAAUAUGAAAAGCGGAAUCCAAUAAACUCCAGGAUACAAAGUAAAAUCCCAAGACUUAAAGAAACGUCCUUAGGUAUACUGAUCCAAAACAAUCCUAAAGGAGAGCCUUCGGAUCCUCUGAAAGGAGAACAAAAUAAUGUUGAAGAAAACCUUUCUGAGUUUGAGUCCAUAACAACAUCCACAUCAGUGACAGCGACCAUGUCAAAUCAAGCACCCAUAUCUAGCAAUCAACGCAAAGCUGAACCGAUCGUUGUUCCUUUACCUCCUAAUACAACUAAUAAUGUGACUACCUCGUCAUGUCUCGAAAUUUCAAGAACCAAGAGAAAACAUGAUACUGAUGAUAUGUUCCAGGACAUAUCUGAUGAACGGCCCAAACAAAAGGCCCGUAAUCAAAUGCCAGUUCAUGGAGAGCUUUCAACUACUUCGGAAAUCAAGUUAAGUCAGUAUUCCGAUUCCAAAGAGUUAUCGGAUCAAAAUUCUUCAUAUGUAAGCGAAGAAAACUCGGAGGAGGCAGACGAAGAAACUUCUAAUAAUUUUGUUGGCCACUUUCCCGAAUCAAAUCUUGAAUUUCUUUUACAAGCGGUCGAAUUGGUAUCGCCGAUGACUGAGGUUUCUUUAUCUAAGGAAGAUUCCCCAUCUCGCGACGAAUUGAAUAAUGAUUUGGUAUAUUAUUUUUAA